GGGUUAUAAAUGCCACGUGGCGGUCUGUAACUAUAUAGCAAUUUCUCGUCAGUGUGUCUGCUGGUAACGACCCAAAUAACCCGAGACUGUUGAAGGAAAGCGCGCGGCAACAAAAUCAAACCCUCCAUCGUCGCCGCGAACGAGCCCUAACUCUCUUCACUUAUACUCGGUAAUAUGGAGCGAGAGGUGAUUCAAGCAGAGCUGGUGUUGCCAAACAAGCUGAGCUUCAAGAGGGUUCAGAUGAAUGAGAAGUACCCAAAAGGCCAACCCAGAGGGAGAUGGAAGCACCUCAAACAGAUCAUUCAGGCCGAGAAUUAUCACAACUACCCUCCUGAUGAACCCAAUUAUGUUAAUAUAGAGUCACCACCCUCUAUGCAUCCGUGCAAGAGAAUUUGUGAUAUAACAGGAUAUGAGGCACCUUACUACGAUCCAAGAACCAACCUCCGCUACGCCAACGCAGAAAUCUUCAAGCAAAUAAGAUCGCUUCCCAAUGAAUAUGUUCAAAGAUAUCUGGCUCUGAGGAAUGCUGCUGUGGUUUUGAAGUAGAAUCCCUACUUUUCAGCUUCAGAAGGCAUCAGGAUUCACAUUUCCUGAGUUAGAAACUUGGUAUAUUGUAAAAAUAUGAUUCUAAUUGCGCAUGCAUAUGUUGUUACUUUUAUGCAUCUUACUUGCUGAGAGGAGUACUCCUGUCGAAGCAAGUACAGUGGCCAAUAUAAGCCUUAAUGAUUUGCAGAGAAGUCAUCUGUUGCGCACACUCGAUGCCAAUAAUGAUUCACAGUAGCUUGCCCUUUUUUUCCUUUA